UGGGGCCCCCAGGCAAUAGGGGAUCAUGGGCCCCCUGUGUCCUUGCCCAAACUCAAAAAAGCCUAUGAAAAAGGUACCAGGAGCAUCUCAUGGGGCCCCCUACUGACCCCGGGCCCUCAGGCAGUGUCUGAGUUUUCAAAUGGUCAGUCCACCCCUGUUUACAUCUUCUUACAUCUGUUUUUCAUCCAUUUACAUCCAUGUUCGUCUGUUUACAUCCGGUUUUCAUCCGUUUUUUUUUUUAAAUUUUUCAUCCAUUUCCAUCCGUUUUUCAUCAGUUUACAUGCGGUUUUUUCAUCAGUAUUUUUCAUCCACUUGCAUCCAUUU